AUGGGCAAGAAAAUAAAAUCCAAGGCCAAGGCCAAAGUCGCAACGGACAAUGAGGCCUCCGGAACAGACGCCGUGCCUCCAAGCUUGUUUGGAAAUAAAGAUGCAGUGAUUGACCCGAUGCUUGCGUCGCUAUUCGCAAAUAGCGCUGGCCCCAUUAAAUCUCCAGAAUUGAAACAGUCGUUACGAAGCAGCGGAGACAAGGAUAAUGCAAGCAAACCGGCAAAGAAGGCAGAACGCGGUGAUAGAAAUAACUCCAAUCUAACCGGCUCUGAGGAACCGGAGCCUGGCAGCGAGGAUGGGGACUCGGUUGAUAACGAUGACGAAAUGCCGGAUGUAUCUAGUGAGGGAGAAAACGACACCGACAAAGGCGCAGAGAACGACCAGGAGCUUGAUGCAAGCCCGGAGGUAUCAGCUAAAUCCCGGAAGCGAAAGCGGGGUGAGCGGGAGGAAGCUUUGGAAGAUUCGUACAUGAGAAAACUAGUCAAAGAAGAGGAAAAGGAUUCCAAGAAACGCGCUGCAGGGAAGGAAACGAAACGGCAAAAGGCGACUUCUGAUGCUACAAAUGACCCUGAGGAUGAGGACUCCGCUUCAGGUGAAGAGACUGAUGAAGGAGAUGGAAUUGAUGGGCCAGACAGCAAUCCGCCACCGGUCCAUGAAUCUCUGUCCGGCAGUUUAGAUCCAGAGGGUCUCCAGAAGUCCGCCCGGACGGUAUUUCUAGGAAACGUGUCUACCGAAGCAAUAAAAUCCAAAGCUGCUAAAAAGACGCUGCUCGCCCACCUUUCUGCGUUCUUCCCAUCGCUACCGGAGUCAUCGACACCACACAAAAUCGAGUCUAUCCGUUUCCGGUCCACCGCGUUUGCAACAGCCGCGGUCCCGAAGCGAGCUGCAUUUGCGAAAAAAGAACUAAUGGAUUCUACGACCCAGAGCACCAACGCCUAUGUCGUCUACACGACUGCCGCAGCAGCACGCAAGGCCAUCAGCCUCAACGGAACAAUUGUCCUGGAGCGUCACCUGCGAGUCGACAGCAUCGCCCAUCCUGCACCAAUCGACAACAAACGCUGUGUGUUUGUAGGAAAUCUCGGAUUCGUUGACGAAGAAACCGCACUGGCAGACGGUGAUGCCGAAAAGAAGCGAAAGAAAUACACCCCACCAGCAGACGUCGAGGAGGGUCUCUGGCGCACCUUCAACCAGCACGCUGGCCCCGUCGAGUCCGUGCGCGUCGUCCGCGAUCCGUCAACGCGCGUCGGCAAGGGGUUCGCAUACGUGCAGUUCCGCGACCAAAACGGCGUCGAGGCGGCCCUGCUCCUCGACGGGAAAAAGUUCCCGCCCAUGCUUCCGCGCAAGUUGCGCGUCGUGCGCGCAAAGCGGAUUUCCAACAAGCGAAACGACGUGGGGAACUCGAAUACCAACCGGACGCGGAUUGGGGGCGCGGAUCCAGGUCUGAAGGGUCGCCGCGCGGCAAAGCUUCUCGGCCGUGCUGGUGCGGCGCAGCUGCGUUCAUCGGCAAGGGAGGAGAUGAGAAAGGAGAAGCGAGGAUCUGACGCGACGGCAUCGCCGUUUGUGUUUGAGGGGCAUCGUGCGGUUGAGGGCAAGAUCGGGACGGGACUGAAGGCGAAGACUAAGAAUCGGGGAAGACCAAAGACGAGGAGUGCAAGGCGGGCCAAGACGUUCAGAGAUUCGAAGAAGAGCAGUAAAUGA